GACUUCAUAUCACUAGUUCAGACUAAAGUAACCGAGCACUGCUGAAGCAUCAGCGUCCUUAGCCUUCUGGCUAACAGCUCUGAGAAGAUGGCAUCUCCGGACCAACCUGACCACCAAAAUCAGAACGCUGCUCCACAUAAAGAAGACGCGCCUCCAAGAGAAGCGCUGAUUGCCACGGCAGUCAGGUUUCUACAAAACCAGCAAGUUCGUCAAAGCCCCCUGGUAACCAGAAAAGCUUUCUUGAAGAAAAAAGGUCUGACUGAUGAGGAGGUUGAUCUGGCUAUCGAGCGCGCCGGUAGUACUGAGGAACCACUGACUGUUGCCGUACCCAGACCUGCACACAUCGUUCACCCUGUUCCACUGCCCCCAUACAGUCCCUCAGGUUACAGAUGGAGAGACUACAGUGCCCUGGCUGUCAUCCUGGCAGGAAUGGCCUUUGGCUUCCAUCAUCUCUACCGGAAAUACAUCCUUCCCCUCAUUAUGGGCAGCAAAGAGGACAAGAAGCAUCUGCAGCGGAUCGAGAGCAACAUCGCGGAAAUGAGUGGCACGCUGACACAGACAGUCACCCAGUUGCAGAUGACCCUGGCUUCAGUGCAGGAGCUGCUGGUAGAGCAACAGAAGAAAAUACAGGAGCUGACACAAGAGCUGGCUAACUCACAGACCUCAUCUGCCACCAACCGCAUGCUGGAGUCUCAGAACAUCAGUGAACUCAAGGCUGAGAUUGUGUCUCUGAAGGGUCUUCUUCUCAGCAGGAGACAGUUCCCUGCUUCACCCUCUGUUCCAAAAAUACCAUCCUGGCAAAUCCCUCUCAAACCCGGAUCACUGUCCAACCCGCCCUCUGUCAGCCACACCAACAGCAGUAGUGACAUCUCUCCCGUCAGCAACGAGUCAACCAACUCCUCCCCCGUCAAAGAGGGCAACAGCUCCCAGGCCACCCCGUCCAGCCCACACUGCCUGAAUGGAGACGUGGGCCUGGGCUCCAUUCUUCCUCUGGAUCUGAAAGACCAGGUCCGUAUGGAAGUCCAGGGGGAGGAGGAGAAGAAAGAGGACGAUGAGGAUGAAGAUGAGGAUGAAGACGUGACCCAUGCGGAUGAGGAAGACCACCUGAGUGUGCAGACGGAGGACAGGAGAGGAGGCGACGGACAGAUAAACGAGCACGUGGAGAAGCUGCGGCGUCCAGAGGGUGCGAGCAACGAGAGCGAAGUCGAUUAGAAAGAAACUCCGGACUUCAUCCGUCCAUUCGCUUCUCUCAGUUUCAUAAGAGUUCAUUUAAGUUCUGAUAUCACACCCUCGUUGCAGUAAAACAGCUACUGUGAGCAUCAAUUAACACUGUACGAAAGCAGCAGGUGAGGUGGAUUAUGUUCCUUUCACUGCAGUUCUUUACCCUUUUGAAUUUUAAACGUGCAAACCAGAGUGGCGGCACUUCUGCAAGCCUGAACAAGCACAGCAACAGAAAUUUCUGGAAAGACGACAAGAGAAAUAUGACUUUUUUUAAUGCAAUCCAUGCAUUUCCCUUAAAAUGCUAGCUAGCUGUUUUACUAGUGACUGUAGAACUCCAAAAAAAAGCCCAUUUAUGUGUUCCAUAGCAUUUCAAGUCAAUACAAACGUCAUAAUUUGCAGUGUAGGGACUUUAGACACCAUUCAGAGGCACCAAAGAAAUCAGAAAGUUGUGAUCUGAGAUUGUUGGACUCGUUUCUAUGCCAUUUAUUUUGUUUUGCUCAGCAGUUAACUAGUUCAGGCCGAACAUUGUUGGAUCAGCGUGUUUGUUGUGGUGGUAUGAACCGGCGGUGGACCUUGUAAUCUGUAAUAGUGAAGCAUUUCUCCUUCAGACAUUUUGAGAUUGUGUAGUACACCGGGCUGCCAGCAGUCUGUGUAAUAAUGAGGCCUUGUGUUUUGUGAUCAGAGUGAUGGUGGAUUUGAGAUUUCAGUGGGAGAAACAGAGACGGAGGGAAAACACAUGAGAACGCAGACAAUGAGGCGAAAGAGAAAUGUGUUUUUCUCUGUCGUAUCUCUCCAGUCUCCAGCAGGGUAGCUGAUUUGGUUUAUGAAGUAUGUUAAUAAUCAAAUGAUCGACAAAUAACAGAUGUAUUAGUUCAUGCGGCUUGAAAUGUCAAGGAGGCUAAAAUCGGAAAUCUAAUACUGAAAGCCUGUUAUAUUGUAUUACAUGACAAACCCUCCAGUCUAAAUUAUGUAGGCCUCCUGCAGUGAAUAAUCUUAACAUGAAACGUGCUGGGGUGCUGGGGUUUUGUAAUUAAACUGUGUAAAACAAUGGAUGCUUCAGCAGAGAUGCUUGACAGUUGUGCUUUUCUCUUUGGGGGCUUUUCUCUCAGAAAGCCCUAAAAGGAUAAAAAAAAAAAAAGCUGAAAAAAAAAUUCCCCGUGAUGCAAACGGAGAGUAAGGUAUGAAUAUUUAACUAAUGAAAUAACUCACUCGCCAGCUGAUGAGAAACAUAGCCAGAGAGAUCCUGGAGUGAAAACUAGAGCGUCAGAUCCACUGUGACAUUUUCACUUUUAACAAAUGACCUUCAGAGUAACCGGAUUACAGUGCAGCCAGGUGAACUGUGGGUCUGUGGCACAAUGAAAGAGCUCAGCUUGUCUGGAAGUGUGUAUAUCUUCUUAUUUCCUGGACUAGGCUUGGCUUAACACUUACCCACACAAGAAUAGCAUAUAUUCAUGCGAUACAAUGUCAAGAGAAACCGCGUGUGUUCAUUUGAUAUGCAGAAAACAAAAGUAUACAUUUUGAGAAGACUUCACACUGCUCCUUACCAUACAACCUCGUGUUAAACUCCAAAAAUGACACCAAAAACACAAUGAAAGAACCAGAUCAGUCAGAUUCAUGAAUGGUUUUCUAUUAACCGGUUGAUCUGGUUCACAAGUCACACUACACAGUUCAUUCACGAAAUCGGACAGAUCAUGUUCUUGAGUUGAAUUCAAUAUGGCCAGAGUGGUUCUUCAGUUAACAGCUCAAGAACUGUUACAGCCUGUGUUUUUCUUUUUUGGAGCACAACUGAUCACUAUGAACGGUCAUUAAAUAACUUGCUCAAAAAACUUACACAAAAACCCAUAAAAAAGGCUGUUUGGAAUUACACAAAAUUGAAAAUAACUUUUUUUGAAGUGGUCAACUAUCCUUCUAAAGGAAUCCGUAAAGUCCAUUUAAUCUUGAAAGUAAGUUGCAUUUAUUGGUGUCAGAAAUGUCAUUGCAGAGUUACCAAUAGUAGAAGUGAGAGGAAGGAAGGAAGACCAUCGGCUUCAGAAUAAGACUGAGUACGAGUGUGUGUGCAUGUAUCAGUUUUGCUUAAAACCACAUUCAUGAGUUCCUGCAACUAGCAGGUUGUUUCUGGUAGCAUGGCGGCAGUGGCCUUUAAACAAAAGAGUUUGCUAAUUUUAGCUAAUCAUUGUAAAGCCGCUGUGAGGUCUACUGAAUUAAACAUGAUACAAGACACACAUUCAGUGCCUAUAUCUCUUGUAAUAUUGCAUUCUCAUCUCCAACUGUUUUUAUGAUAGAUUUGUUAGGAAUCUACAUCCUGCUGCUCAGUUUCAGCAACUCAGUUUAGGAAUUUAAGCAUUCAAUCUCAUUUACAUGAGCUGUGUGUGUAUGUGUGUGUGUGUGUGUGUGCUGGAUCUGUUUUAUAAGUAAGCUUACAACACAAAUCUGUAACAGUUUAUAUGAAAUGCACAUUGUUGUAUGUGGCUCUGUUGAUGUUGUUGACACCCAGGUAUUUGUCACACAGAAAUUCUGGUAUGAAAAGAUGAAUGUACAUAAUUGUAAUAAAUUUGAAAUUUGACACAAA